UAUCGGGAGGCAGAAAAACCAUUUGCUCCCCUGUUUGAAUCAUAAUUCAUCACCGGACGACCAUUACGCGCACUAAAAACAAUUUUAACGCGCCUACAAAUCACAAGCGCGACAAAUGAGCUCGUAUUUUGUUAGUGCGAUAGCAGGAUCCUACAACCAUGCCGGCCAGGGGGAUGGGCCGGUUGGCCCGGGGGGUGAGCAGGACGGAGGAGGAGGAGGAGGGGUGGUGGGCAACCCCGCCGUCGAUUUCAGUGCUCAGCUCGGCCACUACGGCUCCCAAGGAUACUUACCGCCGGGAAACACGACGGCCUUCGGCUACGGCUCCACUUCCAUGACGAGCAUGCCGAGUACGGACUAUUAUAACCCGCAGAAGUACACAACCCAUUCCAUGAGCCCGAUGGUGCUUCCUCACCAGUCAAGCGGCAGCAGUAUGCCGCCUAACGGGUCCCAAGACAUGUCCCGGGGGAGUCUCUCCUCCCCCUCACCCAGCGGGUAUUCCCCGCCCACGGGCUACCAGAGGGCGUACAGCGAGCCCUCGGCUCAGCACCCUAGCGGGCAGGGGCAGGGGAUGUCUGGCAGUCACAGCCCGCCGUCUCAGCAAGGUCUUCCAACGCAGCAAAACUACUCGCAGCCCCAGAUCUACCCGUGGAUGCGGAAGAUGCAUUUUGGACACGACGGGAUGAACGGUAUCGAAAGUAAGAGGACGAGAACAUCGUAUACUAGGCACCAGACUCUUGAGCUGGAAAAAGAGUUCCAUUUUAACAGAUACCUUACCAGACGCAGGCGGAUAGAAAUUGCUCAUGCGCUCAAUCUCACGGAGAGGCAGAUCAAAAUUUGGUUCCAGAACCGUCGCAUGAAGUGGAAAAAGGAACAGAAACUAGCCCACCUAACAAAGACUGAAGCUAUGAAAUUAUCAAUUGACGGGAAACCUACAGUUGGAUUAGAAGCCAAAACAUAAUUUUUAGAUAAGACAUUUAUAGUAAAAUUUCCCAAUAUAUCAACAAUGUUCUUAUACAAAGGUCGAAUGGCAAUGGAAAUCUUUGUGCUAUCAAUCUGUCAGACAUGACGUUCUCUUGCAUAAGACUGUUCCGAAGACAUGUGUGAAAACACUAUGUAGUAAUGGUGCGGUAACGCACUGUUCGCUGCGGUAACGUUGGAAUCAAAGACAACAGUACAUGUAAAUAUUUUAAUUACGGAAGUAGUUGUAGGGUUCAGUGUCCCAAUUUUAGUCAGACACAGUCUAAUUUUAGAGUUACCUCCUAUAUUCUGCGAGAAACAUUUUGAUUUAAAAAUCUAAUCAUAGCCUGAACAAGGAAUUUGCAAAACUAAAACCCAUAAAAUAUACACAACUGAGGUUGCCUUGUUGGCAAAGGGGAUUCUUAAUUGGUCAAUUUUUUAGAAAGAAGUAGCAGGGAGAUAACAAUUACGGAAUCUCAUUACGCUUGCUUGCGUGUAAAAUAUAAUCUGGUAUUCCAGUGAUGUAAAUAUUAUAUGAUAUAUCUGUUUGUUUUACGUGUGUUUCAUUCGCAUUGUGUAAGUAUCUUACGUCUUGAAAUCAGUUAUUCUAUCUAUUAGGAUUAUUUACAGAAAUGUUAGCGUCGACAACAAAAACUUACGGACGGUAUGCUCAAGGAACAUAUAGAAAAUGACAUGCCAGACUGACGAAAAAACCCAUUUGACAUUCAACAAGAUUUAG